AAAAGAUGUUUUUCCUUAUUCUAUUUCUAGCAACUAUUUCUUAUUCGUCCCAAUUAAUUGCCGAAUCUGAAUUGGUGGAUUUCGUUGUAGCUGGAUCGAACUAUGACUAUAGGACAGAUUUCACCGGGGGAGAGAAGACAAUUGGAAUAAAAAGAUUGUUGAAUGGCCUGGAAGAUGACGAUGAUAAAUGGCAAUUAUAUUAUUUUUGUGCAAAAGCCAAAGGCGCGAAUAAGAAGAACUGUGGAUCGUGGGUUGAUGGAAAGGGAAACAAAAUCAAAGGAGAAGUCACCCUUAAAGCAACUCUCAAGGGCAAGAAUGUCGUCCUGGGCCCAGUUUUUGUUAGAGAUGCAGGACGUUAUGCUAGCAUUUUCGAGGAUUCGAAACAGCAAACUUCGGUUGUCCAGGUUCGAGUCCGACCUCCAGCACCUCUUCAUGGUUGAAAGUGAUUAUUUAAAUGUGAUGUUAAACUAUUUCUAAUAAAUAUAUAAGAGUUUGCGUGGCAUGUGCUCUAUA